AUCUCAAGACAAUUGACUCUUUAUCCGAGCCUUCGGAUCGUUUACAGAUUUGAUCGCUACCGGUGUAUCGGUUUAAGGAAUCAACCACCAUUGUCAACGGUAGUACGACUUCAACAAAAUUAAUUAAUAGCGCGCGUCAUGUCAAUUGUUGUCUCUCAAACGCUACCCUGGGACAAAUCCACUCUGCAGCUUGAUCGAGCAGAGAGAUGGAGAACACUUGGUCCCCUCAUUAGACCAUCGAUAUCAGUCGUAAACGUCGGCAAGAGCAGCGUGGCAUUAAUCGACACCACUCACGCGAAGGUCUCGUCGAUACAUGUCGGAGCGAUUGUUGAAGCUAGUAUCUUUACAGACUCUACGUUCACAGAGAAUGACUUAUUCGUUUGUGUGGUCAAAGAGGCUGGCGAUGAGAUUCGAUUGGAGGAGCUAUGUACGGUGAUUGAGAACGCAGUUACCUCUCUGGACAGCCAGUGUUCGAUAGUGCUGCAGAUAGGAGAGAAGAGAUCAGCAGUCCGAACAAUAGGCGGUGUAUUCUUGGUGACUGUGGAGAAGGAGAUCGAGUUUAAACACCUUCUAGCACUACUCAAGUCCUCAAAGAACAGUGAAGAGCUUGCUGUCGACGAACUGGUCUCUAGCUUCCUCAAGACCGCAACGACGAUAGAGGAGAGAGUGCACCCUGAUAAAGUUGCAGGUUUUCCAUCCAUCGUCCACGCCUCGGGGAAAGCUCAGUUCGAGAAUGCAACGAAGGUGUUUGAGAUUGGCGCUCUCCAGCUUCUAAAAGCCACGAAAUCAAUCUCUGGACAAAACACCGUCAGCAUUCAUAUUGCUGACAUCAAUGGUUUGUCGCAACUUGAAAGACAUAUAAUUGCCCACGAAUUAGCCAAGAUCUCGAACUCACUCGACAUUCCAUACCAUAUCACUUUAUCUACUAUCAACUUCAAUGAUCACUCUCCACGUGGAUGGACUAUAUCUGUCUGUCCAGUUCCGCGAGCUAUCCUUACGCCACUCACCCAGCCGUCGAAUCCUCUUCUAGAAGAUUCCCAAUCCAUACAUACUUCUCCGGUAACAGCGAAUUCUGCAAAUAUCGUCUUCGAAGAUGCCCUAGUCCGUCAAAUCCUGACUCAGGGAUGUUCGGCACUCAUUGCAGCAGAGCCCGUUGUGACUGAAUACGACACCAUCGUCGGUGACGGUGACUGUGGUCUCACUCUGAAAUCUGGUGCUGAGAAGGUCCUCUCUUUCAUCGAGGGCAAAGAUCUAUCAAAUCUACCCCAGGUCCUCGGAGCGCUCGUUGACGAUCUGGAGGCAACUAUGGGUGGCACCUCAGGAGCUCUAUAUUGCAUAUUCCUCUCUUCGCUGGCGCAGAACCUGCGAACGGCCAGGACCGUUCCAGACGCUCUCGACCAAGCCCUCAGCCACUUGUUGGACUUUACGAGGGCGAGAAAAGGUGAUCGGACGUGUUUGGAUACAUUGAUACCUUUUGUCGAGAUCCUGAAGACCACAGAAGAUGUGGAGAGAGCCUUGCAAGCCGCACGAAAAGGCAACGAGGAAACGAAAAACAUGCAAGCACGGCUGGGAAGAAGUGCGUAUCUGGACGAUAGCGCAACGAGAGGUGUGCCUGAUCCUGGUGCAUAUGGCCUGCUGGUUUUGUUGGAGGGGUUGGCGAGUAGAUAGUAUUCAAUGCAUGUACAGACUCGUGCUUGAAAACGUCAAUUAUUGGCUUUUUCACUCCGGCCUCCCUUUCUGUAUGUCAGAUGCACGUUCGGAGACAUGGUAGUCUUGACGCGCGUACACCUCGGGCACACAAAAGACUCAGCGCAGUGCCAAAUCUUUGCAAUGUACGAUCGAACGGAUGGAAAAAUGUUUAGUGAGAUGGGGACAAGGUCAUCUGCAAAAAUGUGAGAUUGCCAGGUUGCAUGGGAGUGAAAGCGACGAGAGUCUGGCUAGAGACAAC